AUGGGAAUCAUUUGUUGGAGAGAUAUCAUAGAUAUAUUGUGGUCAAUAUCGAUUGGUCUUAAAUUUAUCCAUGAGUAUGAUCUCGUUCAUAGAAAUUUGCAUGGAGGGAACAUAUUGGUUGAAAGUGAAAUGGGUUCGAUUGUUGCUAAAAUCGCAGAUACCGGAUUAUACGGGCCUGUUGAUAAACAAAUAUCGUUUCAACAAAUUUAUGGUGUAGUACCUUUUAUUGCUCCAGAGGUCCUUGGUGGAAAUAAGUUAACCAAAGCAUCUGAUAUUUAUAGCUUUGGUAUGAUCAUGUGGAUGUUAUCGUCUGGUGUACGUCCUUACUUUGACAAACCCCAUGAUAAGCAACUUAUUCGAGAAAUAUGCUCAGGAUUAAGACCAAAUGUUGUAAGUGGAACUCCACCUGUUUUCUCCAGUUUAAUGUUACAAUGUUUAGAUGCCAAUCCAUCAAAUAGACCAACAGCAUCCAAAAUUUGCGAGUGUUUAGAAGAUUGGGUCUCAGCAGUUUGCGAUAAUCCUAAUUCAUCCGAUUUAUUAGAACAAUUUGAUGCUGCUGAAGAAAUUAAAUUCACAAAUUUAGAGAGAUUAAAUUAUAAUAUUUUACCGUGUCACGAAAAAGCCAUAUAUUUUAGCCGUCCAUUAGAUCCCAUUAUUAAUAUCGAAUCUUCAACAUAACUUUUCUAGAAAAACGUGAUAUUAUUUUUUUCGUAGAUUUAAAAUAUGUGUUUGCCA